AUGGAUUUGGCCAUUAACAAGGUCUUCAUUUGUAGGCAUGUUCGCUUUAAUGAGCAUGUUUUCCCUUUUGCUGCUAAAACUGUUGUGCAGCCUGUUGUUCGUGCUCAGCCGCAGCCUUGGGGUGUUGCCAAUUUGUCAUCAUCCGCUCCUAGUGCAAUGGUGGUUCCUUCUCGGAUGAGUCAGCCCGUGGUGGCCACUCGGGGGUGUCGCACUACUGUUUCUCAUCCGGUGCCUAGGGAGCAUGGUUCUAUGACACAUAGCAGGGCUCGGACUGAGGGAGCUGUCUUAGUUGCUUUGUCAGCUGAGACGUGGAGGCUCGUGCCGUUUCGUGCAGGUAUGAAUGUUGUAGGCUGUAAGUGGGUUUUUCGCAACAAGCGCAAGGCGGAUGGCUUGGCUUUCUUUGACACGUUCAGCCCUGUGGUUAAGCCCACUACGGUUAGCUUGUUGUUGUCUCUCGCUUUGACUUCUGCUUGGGUUGUGCGAGAGCUUGAUGUGCACAAUGCGUUUUUAAAUGGUGCGUUGGCUAAGACGGUAUACAUGAGUCAGCCUCCUGGUGGUCCCUGUAUGGUCUUAAGUAGGUUCCGCGUGCCUGGUUUAUGCGUCUGCAUGCUUUCUUGUUGUCUGUGGGGUUUCGGGCGUCCAAAACGGGAAUCUCUUAGUAUUGAAAUUGUGGCUACUGAUGAUGGUAUGCUGCUUUCUCAAAAGCGGUAUAUGUUUGACUUUCUGAAGCGGGCAGGGAAGUCUGAUUGCAAGCCUUUGACUACUCAUAUUCCUAUGUCACGUGCUUCUGGUGACUCCUCUAAGCCUUAUGCCGAUCCGACUAGGUACAGGAGCUUAGCUGGUGCAUUGCAGUAUCUCACUAUGACUCGCCCUGAUUUGUCUUUUGCAGCUGGUUGUCCUGUGGAUAGGAAGUCUAUGAGUCGCUUCGCUAUGUUCUUGGAUUCUAAUCUUGUGUCGUGGGUGUGUAAGAAGCAGCAUACAGUGGCUCAGUCCUCUACUAAAGCUGAGUAUAAAGCUAUUGCAGAUAUGUGUGCUGAGGUAACUUGGGUUGUGACUUUGCUUCGUGAGCUCGGUGUCCCUUUGGUUUUUGCUACGUACAAUUGA